CACACACAACAGAAGAACAGAAGACCCCAAACCCACCACCACAAUAUAUCUCUCUUUUGGGCGUCUCUGUGCUUCACCUUGACAACAAAUUAUGGCACUUGAUGCUGUUGUUUUUCCUCAAGACCCUUUUAGUUGCGCCACAAACAAAGACCUCUACAGCUAUUGGAGCUCUUUUGAUGAUGAUCAUCAUAAUUUCGGUUUCGACAACGAUCAAGAUCAUCAUGAUCAGCUCCAACACCAAGCCUCCCUCGAUUUUCUCGGCUACCAAACAGAUCAUAACCCUCCUAAUUAUGGUACUAAUUACUAUUCCUCAGCUCCUUUGAAUUCAAUGGUGCCACAUUUCAACGAAUUGCAGCUCUCCAAUCCAAACCCAGAUGUUAGUGAUACUACUAGCCCAACUGAUGAUCAACCCGAAUUUCAUCAACUACCAUUGGAUCAGACAAUCACAAUGGCUGACAGCAUGCCUAGUACUCGUGCCAAACGGCGCCGUGCCAAGAGUAGGAAGAACAAGGAGGAGAUUGAGAACCAGAGAAUGACUCACAUUGCAGUUGAGCGCAAUAGAAGAAAACAGAUGAAUGAGUAUCUCUCUGUGCUUCGAUCUUUAAUGCCAGACUCAUACGUUCAAAGGGGAGACCAAGCAUCAAUCAUUGGAGGUGCGAUUAAUUUUGUGAAGGAGCUAGAGCAAGAAGUGCAUUUCCUUGGUACCCAAAAGCCAAAUAAUGGUGUGCCUUUCUCCCAAUUCUUCACCUUCCCUCAAUACUCAACCCGGUCCAGCGGAGACCACGAGUCUGCGGCGGCAGCCAUGGCUGAGCUGCCUUUGAUGGAGUGCAAGCUGAGUAACAUUGCAGCUGACAUAGAGGUGACAAUGGUGGAGAGCCAUGCAAGUCUGAAAGUGAGAGCCAAGAGGAUCCCAAAGCAGCUCUUGAAGAUUGUUUCUGGGUUGCAUGGUAUGCACCUCACAAUUCUUCAUCUCAAUGUGGUCACUGCUGAUGAUAUUGUCCUCUACUCUCUCAGCCUCAAGGUAGAAGAUGAGUGCACACUGGCUUCAGUGGAUGAAAUUGCAACAGCUGUGCAUCAGAUGCUAGCUACAAUUCAAGAGGAGGCAAUGUUGAAUUUGAAUUGAUUAUCAAAAACCCCUCUUUUAAUUAGUUAGUUAAUCCCCUCUCUUUUAAAUUCAUCCUUUUACACCUUCAUAUGUGGUGGGUGUGUUUCUCUUGUUUUUAAUUAAGGUUUUCUCCAUUUCAGUUUAAGAAAGAGCCUAUGUUGUUUAAUUAUCUAGUUAGUAUAUUUUUUUUGAGUACCUUUCUUAUUGAAAGGUACGAUAAC